AACUGAAGCUUUCUCAUCCCCUCCCUUACCAAAAACCCUAGUGCUCUGUCUCUCGCGGCUCCAUCAAGAUCGAAGAAUGGCGGCGAGCGAGCACACUGUCCUUCAGUUAUCCCCAACUUCAUCCUCGUCGACCUUGUCGGCGAAGGUCCACCCUUUGGUGAUCUUCAACAUCUGCGAUUGCUACGUGAGGCGGCCUGACCAGGCCGAGCGUGUCAUUGGCACGCUUCUCGGAUCCGUCCUAUCAGAUGGCACCGUCGACAUUCGAAAUUCAUACGCUGUACCUCACAAUGAAUUCUCUGAUCAGGUUGCUCUAGAUAUUGAUUACCAUCAUAAUAUGUUGCUGUCUCACCAGAAAGUGAACCCUAAGGAAGUUAUUGUUGGAUGGUAUUCAACAGGAUUAGGGGUCACUGGUGGAAGUGCAUUGAUCCAUGAGUUCUAUUCUAGAGAAGUUCCCAAUCCCAUUCAUCUAACAGUGGAUACAGGGUUCAGGAAUGGAGGGGGUACCAUUAAAGCGUAUGUUUCUGUUAAUUUGUCUCUUGGAGACCGUCAGCUUGCUGCACAAUUUCAAGAAAUUCCUGUUGAUCUUCGCAUGGUUGAAGCUGAGCGAGUUGGAUUUGACAUCCUUAAGACACCUAUGGUUGAUAAAAUUCCAAGUGAUUUGGAAGGAAUGGAAGCUUCAAUGCAGCGGCUACUAGCCUUAAUUGAUGAUGUCUAUAAAUAUGUUGAUGAUGUCGUGGAAGGGCGUGCCGCAGCAGACAGUAGCGUAGGCCGGUUUAUAUCUGAAACUGUUGCUUCCCUUCCCAAACUUUCACCAUCAGCCUUUGAUAAGCUAGUGAAUGAUAGUCUUCAGGAUCACUUACUCUUGCUAUAUUUGUCAAGCAUCACAAGGACACAGCUGAGCUUAGCAGAAAAGUUGAACACAGCAGCUCAAAUUCUGUAAUUUCUAUCCAUUGGUUGAAUUUGUGGGUCAAAGCAUAUCUAAUUUUGGAUGUUUUCACUGUUGUAACCCACACAAAGCUUGGGGAAUCAGCCAUUCAUUCUGCCGGAGGCUUGUAUUAAUUUUGACUAGGUAAGUUGUGCUAAAUUUUAUCUGAAAGAUUUGUUUUGCAAUGGUUCAGUUACUGUAUGCAAACAUUAUUCACUUUGGAAAGUUGAGGUUUAAUCAUGUAGUUUUGCACAUCAUUGCAAGAAUGCUUUUGCUGCA